AUGACGUCGCCUAUCUUCUUCUCGUGCUUGCUGGUUUUGACGUGGAGCCAAAGCGGCGUGGCCCGUUCGCCUUACCAGGCCGUCCUGCAACACAGCCGCGUCCGGGGACGUCAGCAAGGGCCCAACGUGUGCGCCAUGCAGCAACCGCGAGGCAGCGACAAGAAAUAUUUCGCCAACUGCAAGCAAUGGUACCACCGGAAGAUCUGCAACCAGCCCACGGUGGUGACGUACGAGUGCUGUCCGGGUUACGAGAAGAUCCCUGGCGAGAGAGGCUGCCCCGCAGCGCUGCCUCUGGUCAACAUCUACCAGACGGUGGGGGCUGUGGGCGCCUCCACCACCAAGAUGUACGCCGACCGAGCCCAACUGAGGGAGGAGAUCGAGGGUCCCGGAAGCUUCACCUUCUUCGCUCCCAGCAACCAGGCCUGGGCCGCCUUGCCCACGGAAAUUCUGGACGCGCUGGUGAGCAACGUGAACAUCGAGCUGCUCAACGCGCUCCACUACCACAUGAUCGAGCGGCGCCUGACGUCCGAAGAGCUUAAGCACGGCUCCUCCUUCUCCUCCAUGUAUCAGGACUACCAUGUGCACGUGCAUCACUACUCCAACGGGAUCGUGACGGUGAACUGCGCGCGUCUGAUCAAGCCGGACCAGCACGCCACCAACGGCAUCGUGCACGUGGUGGACCGCGUCAUUACAGCCGUCUCCAACAACCUGCACGCACUGAUCGACGUGGACGACGACCUGGAGACGCUGCGCACGGCCAUUGCCGCCGCCGGCUUGAGCGACCUCCUGCAGAGCGAAGGCCAGUAUACUGUCUUGGCUCCUACCGACGAGGCUUUCCGCAAGAUUCCGCCAGAGACCCUGAACAGGAUCCUGGGAGACCCGGUGUCUCUUCGGGACCUGCUGAACUACCACAUCCUGAAGAACAUGCGCUGCGCCGAGUCCAUUGUGUCGGGAACGCCGAUGGAGACACUGCAGGGCACUGUUCUAGAAGUGGGAUGCGACCGGGACGGGCUGACCAUCAACGGGAAAGCGGUGGUGGGCAAGAAGGAUCAGUUGGCCACCAAUGGCGUCGUCCACUACAUCGACCAACUGCUCAUCCCUGACUCGGCCAAAACUCUGCUGGAGCUGGCCGAGAGCUCCGACGUGACGACGACGGCCAUCAAAAUGUUCGCACAGGCCGGCCUGAGCGGCCACCUGAAGGGAUCCGAAGCGCUGACCGUGCUAGUCCCUCUGGACGACGCCUUGGCAGGGAUGCCCGCGGCCGACGUCGGGAAGGCUUUGAGCCAUCAUAUCGUCAGGGGGCUGCUGUCGUCCAAGUCCUUGUAUCACAAUCAGGAGCUGGAGACGCUGUCCGGCGUCAAACUCAGAGUUUUCGUCUACAGAAACAACUUGUGCAUCGAGAACGCGUGCCUGGCCGCCCACGACAAGACCGGACGCUACGGGACCAUGUUCACUGUGGACAACCUGCUGACGCCACCCGCGGGGACCAUCAUGGAUGUCUUGAAGGCGGACGACCGCUUCAGCGUCCUGGUGGGUGCCAUCCAAGUGGCCGGAAUGACAGAGCUGCUCAACCAACCCGGAGCGCUGACCUUCUUCGCUCCCACCGACGCCGCCUUCCGCGCCAUGUCGCGGCCCCGAGUCGACGAGCUCUUGCGCGACCGCCGGCAGCUGUCGGCCUUGCUCAAGUUCCACCUGGCUGAGGGGACGCUGGUCAGAGGGGGCGUGAGCUCCCACACCAGAGUGGAAAACCUGCUGGGCGACAAGCUGGAGCUGGGCGCGAGGAACUACACGGUCUUCGUCAACCGAGUCCCGGUGAUCCACGGCGACCUGAUGGCCACCAACGGCGUGGUCCACGGCGUGGACGACGUGGUCGAGGCCUUGCCCCCCAAGGCGGAGCGAGAGCAAGCCGACGGGCCGACGACCUCCAUUGGCUCUUCUUCCGCGGUGAGUAGCGGCAAACUCGAUGGGCAAUCCGGAAGCUUCCGUGACGACAACCUUUUUCAGAAGGUCCUACAAAGUCGUUCCAGCAGGACCAUGAGUGUCGCAGGGCAGUGA